UUUAUGCUUUACCUUAUAUCCUUCCAUUUGAUUUUUAAAUAAUACCUGUGCUAAUUUUAUGAAAGAUGGCAGUUGUUUUUCAACAUUAAAAGUAAAUGUUUUAAGUAUGAUUUUGCUUUUAAACUCAGCAUCCCAGCCAUUCUCUCUUUUAUGCAGUAUUUUGUUGUUGUUGUUGUUGUUGUUGUUAACUCUGAAUAGUGUUUCUUCAAGUUUGACCCCUCAGUUCAAGCAGCACAGGGAGGUGACCUGAGAGCAUUUGAAGAUCUAGAAGGGAAAUGUAUGGCUGAACACCCAGAGUUGGGUGCAUGUUGGAAGGACUGGAAUGGGCUGUGGCAUUAUCAGAAGGUGACAUUGGAGUAGGUGGCAGGUCCUCUCUGUCUUGCCAGGUUCCCAUAACUGUGGACAGAGGGUAUGUGGUUUCGAGUGUGCAGAGAUCAUCGGGAAAGCUGUGCUUCCGGAAACCUUGGAGAUGAAGAAGAAGAAGAUUUAGUGGCCCCUAAGUUUGUGAGUCUGUCCUGGAGUCAUCAGCUUGGGGGCAGCGCAGGCUCUGUAGGGCUAAACGGAGUCAGGGAGAAGCAGAGAGCAGAUGAGGGGGCUGAGUGUUCACAGCUUGGUAGUGGUGAUAACUAAGGGUCUGGGAGGAUGGCAGCCUGAAAGUUGAGAAAUUCCUGAGUAGGAGUGUUUAAGUUUCCCCAAUGCAGAGAACUUUACCGGGAUCUAAAACUUGAUUAUCCUCAGGAGGGAAGAGUGAAAGUUUCUCCAGCUUUUCCUUGACUACAUCCCUAGUGUGUCGCUGAACCUGUGCAAAUUAUUCCUCAGUGUAUAACUAUCCAUCCCUAAGGAUGGAUAGUUAGAAGGCAGAGAGAAUGAGGGGGAGGGAGAUAGCUAGAUUCCUCUCAGCACUACUUCUGCACUUUUUCCUGAGCUCCUGGGUGUGGACAGUGUUCUUCACCAUGAGUGGAGACAGCAGGAGCUGCCCUUGUCUCCGAAGCAUGGCUCUUUACUAGCUGUGGGAGCCUGCGUGAUGCCUGAAGUGCAAUAGAACUUUCCAGUCCAGUCCGUUCCCUACAGGUGAGUGUCUUCCAGGUAUGCCCCUCGGUGAAGGAGAGAGUUACCAGAGCAUUAGGAGGGGGAGGGUCUAGGUUUGGCUGCCAGGUACAAUAAGGACACCUAGAGCCUGAAGAGUGGAUUAAGGCAGCUGCAGGUUAGAUGGCCCUCCAUCAAAUCAUCCCUCCAUAGCAGAGAGCAGCUUCACGGUGCCCAGUGCUGGCGAUGAGCACACUCUCUGCCAUCACCUCAGUUCCUGUUCUCUCAUAUCUCUUCAUUUCUUCCUUUUAUCUGCUUGCCUUCUUGUGGGGAUCUCUGGGAAGAGAGAUUGCAGGUUGGCUGGGCAAUGCUUUAGAGAAAAGUGAAUGGAGGGAAAGGUAGAAAGGUUGGGUACUCUUUGUUUAUUCAUUGGUUUGUUCUUUAGCCUGUUAAUUGAUAAAGUCACUUAAAAAUAUUUAUAGAACACAUACUUUGUCAGACUCUGUUCUUGUCACAGGUGAUAAUACAAGAAAGCUAAAGAACUUGCUUCAAGUUACUUAAUUCUAAUGUGGGAUUUUGAGGAUGAUAAACUAAUAAACAAUUAAACACAUAAUAUGGUUUGAGCUACUGAUGAGAGCCAAUAGAAUAAAAAUACAGCCUAACAAGGUUAGAGAGUGAAACUGUGCAUGUAGUGUUUUGAAGGGGAUGUUGGGAAAGUGCUGUGGAGAGGAGAUAUUUGAGCAAAGACCUGCAUGUGGUGAGGGAAGAAGUCCAGACCUCCUGAAGAACUCAGUAUGAUUUAUAUUGAUGUCUUCUAACAUUUUCUUACCCUAGGGCUCUAGAGAAAAUAGAAGGUCGUAGAUAAGCAUAUGCACUCUUUGAGUUUUCCAAGUUGCUCUAUGGGACUGAGACCAUUGCAGUUCGGUUAGAGCGAUAGGCUGCCCAUUUCGAGGUUUUGUCUCUGUCUGGAACUAGACAUUUGAGACCGGGGGAAUAUGGAGGAUUUUGCCUCUAUAUCACCACUGUUUUCUUGUCUUCUGGUCCCAGGGUGGAGACUGCAGUACAGACAGGACUUCCUUCUGGCACCCGCCUCCCCAUUGUCAUCUACAGAACAGAGGAAUAAAAGAUCUCAGAGUUAGAGGUCACUAACAGGGAAUUGGAGAGGCCUUCCUUCCUGGAGGAUAUACAUUCACAGAUAUGAGAAAUGGUGGAUGCCUUUCAUCCUGAGAAUAAGGAGGGAGAAGUUGAUAAUCCACACCACGGAGCCAGCUUCCAGAAGUCAGGAAAAGACUCAAUAUUUUGUCUCAAAACAGUUCUUAUGACAAUGUCCUAGAUAGGUCCCACUUGCUAACAACAUUGCAGAGUUCUUAGUAUAAUUGAGGCAGAAACUUAGAAUGAAUAUAAUGCAAAUGGAACCUAUGUUAAAGGAUACAAACAAAAGAAGUAAUCAUGUCUUUGUGUGAUUGGCUAAGGUUGGGAUUCUCUGAACUGUUGAAAUGUAGCAGGAGUUUGCAGGACAUGGAUACAAGAGGCAGAGAAGACACUUUUGGGCACUGGAGAUGAAGUGUUGGUGGCAUGAAUGAGCACUUUGUGACCAGGGAAGUGAAUAGAAUGGCAGGUCAGGACAGGGUUGGAGGCAGGAUGGCUGGUGAACUGGGAGACGGGUACAUACGGGGUGAGUGGGUUUUCAUGCCUCAGGUGUGGUGUUGGUGGCUACUGCUCAUCUUCUUGGGCAUUUACGUUUACCUUCAUAAGUUACACAUAUCCUUCAUGAAACAUUUAAUAUCAACCUUGUAUAAAAUAGUAGCAUUAUGUUGUGAAGUCUAGGAGUAGGAUAUAUUUCCUCAAACUGGAAUUGCCUUGAAUCUUCCUGUGGUCAGAAACUUGUUUUCUCUCUUUUGCUCUUUAGAUUCCACAAGGAACAAGAGCUCAGAACUAAAUGUUGGGGAAUCACUCUAGUGCCACUGAAUUUUAUCUCCUUGGCUUCCCUGGCUCCCGAGAACUACAUCAUAUUCUCUUUGCUAUCUUCUUCUUCUUCUACUCAGUGACAUUAAUGGGAAACAUGGUCAUCAUUGUGAUUGUCUGUGUGGACAGACGUCUGCAGUCCCCCAUGUAUUUCUUCCUUGGUCAUCUCUCUGCCUUGGAGAUCUUGGUUACAACUAUUAUCGUGCCCAUGAUGCUUUGGGGGCUGCUGCUCCCUGGGAUGCAGACAAUAUCUCUGGCUGCAUGUGUCACCCAGCUCUUCCUGUACCUUUCUUUGGGGACCACAGAGUUUGCAUUACUGGGAGCGAUGGCUGUGGACCGUUACGUGGCUGUCUGUAACCCUCUGAGGUACGACAUCAUUAUGAACAGCCGCACCUGCAUCUGGGUGGUCAUUAUGUCAUGGGUGUUUGGGUUCCUUUUUCAAAUCUGGCCAGUUUAUGCCACAUUUCAGCUUACCUUCUGCAAAUCAAAUGUGGUGAACAAUUUCUUCUGUGACCGAGGGCAAUUGCUCAAACUGUCCUGCAACAAUACCCUUUUUAUAGAGUUCAUACUGUUCUUAAUGGCUGUUUUUGUUCUUUUUGGUUCUCUUAUCCCUACAGUCAUCUCGUACAGCUAUAUCAUCUCCACAAUCCUCAGGAUCCCCUCAGCCUCUGGCCGGAGGAAAGCCUUUUCUACAUGUGCCUCUCACUUCACAUGUGUCGUGAUUGGGUACGGCAGUUGCUUGUUCCUCUAUGUGAAACCCAAGCAAACUCAAGCAGCUGAUUACAAUAGGGUGGUGUCCUUGAUGGUUUCAGUAGUUACUCCUUUCCUCAAUCCCUUCAUCUUCACCCUCCGAAAUGACAAAGUCAUAGAAGCCCUUCGGGACGGAGCAAAGCACUGGUGUCAACUAUUCAGGAAUUAGUCUUGUCUUAAUUAUUAUGGAUUUUAUAAUGCUCUGAAAAAACAUACUCCUCUUUGAUCUGCAUCAUAACCAUCAUCAAAUAUUCUGUGUACAACAAAAGCCUUUUAAGUUAUGGCCAUGGUUUUUAACAUGGUUGUUUGUUAUUAAAAAUUCACUUCUUUUUAAACAUAU